CCACCUCACAAUCUUGAGCCACAAGCACAUCUUUUAGGAGAGAAUCCUAUCCCACAAUGAACUGACCUCAAAAAGCUUUAGUUAAUAGGAAGAAACACUGAAGCCUCCAGAACACGGCAGAGAAACUAAAUCUGAGGGGAGCUCUAAGAGUCAUUCAGUUGUUAGUCCUAAGCACUGUACCGGGAAUGAUGCUAGUGUGGAGUUUUAAGAUCAUGAAGGAAAGGCAACUCCUCUGGGCAACCUUCUAUGUUUUGUGCCUGUUGGAAAAUCCAGUCUCUGGUGAUGAAAAUGUUUCAAGUACUAUUUUUCCAAAUACUACCAUUGCUGAGAAGUUGACGAUAAUCAUUACUUCUACUUCUGCUUCUAAUAUUACCUCUUUAAGCCCUACUAUUACAUCACUAGAAGAGACAUCAAGUAAUGCUACCAAGCCAGAGAUAAUUGCCCCCAUUACACCCACAACAAACAUAACUUUGCCAAAUACAACAGCUAAGUCGUUUACUACACAGUGGAAUGCAACAUUGACUACUAACAAUGAGACAACAACAAUUCAAAAUUUAACCUCAACACCGCUUCUAAUACAUGAACCUACUAAGCCAACAACAUAUAAUUCUACCAUUUUUCUUAUUACAACCAUGACUGAGAACAACAAUGUGAUGUUCAACAUCACAUGUAUGAAAAUCAAGCAGCGGCCUCCUGCCACUGAAGUGGUAUGCUUGGAACUCCAUGAAGUCCAAUCUUGUGAAAACUUUAAAAGAAACAAAGGGGAGGGAUUGAGCAAAUUGGUCUGUAAAAAAAAAGAAGUGCCAUGCCUUAUUGAACUGGCCGACUCUGAUAUGAAUCACCACUGCAUGUUGUUGCUUGCAGUUAACAAUACAGAAAAUAUAGGUGCAGAAGCAUUGUGUGGCUUUCUGGAUGACAAGCAGCCGGAUUUGAAAGCGCUUGGGAUAAAAUCCCACAAGCAGGAACGCACUGAGAUUCACCAGGUCCAUUCUCAGGGGACCCUUAUUGCCUUGGUCACCACUGGCCUGCUGUUGGCAUUUUUGGGAUUGGCUGGAUAUUAUCUUAUGAAACGACGAAGCUGGAGUCCCAUGGGAGAAAGGCUGGGUGAAGAUCCUUAUUACAUCGAAAAUGAUAGCCAUGGCAACCCUGAAAUCCCUGUGGCCUCUCAAGAACAGUCUGACCUGCAGGAUAAACCAAAUCUCAAUGGAGGGGCUCGGGAAAAUGGAACUGGCCAGCCAUCCUCAAAAAAUGGACACCAAACGAAGCCCCAGGUUGUUGCUGACACAGAACUGUGAAAAUGCUGUGACCUUCUUAAUGCAGCUGGAAAAAGCUCAACUGCACUUACAAAGAGGAGUUAGGAGUAAAAAUUCCUAAAUGAAAUUAUAAUAUCUUUUUAAAAAAAACAUUAACAUCUUAAUAUUAAUUCUUCAGGGCUGACGCAGCAUUUGUGUAUGGAAAUUGUAAAAUUAGCAAACUGCUUCAAUGGGAUUGGGAAUGUUCUUAAUAAACGUGGAGUUUGGGGUUUUUUUUAUUUUAUUUUUGUACUUUUAGAUGUGAUAUCCUUCACAAUAGUUCAUCCAGGGAGACGUUUCCUAGAAAUUAAAGAUUUUUCACUUAUUUGAGAGUUGUUUAAUAUCUAUCUGAUGCUGUUUAGAGUAAGAAAGGACAUUUUCACUUUUUUAAAAUGUAAAUUUAACUUAAUUUUAAAAUAUAACAGAGAUUUAACAACUAUGGCUCCAGAGUAGUAUGCAGCUGAAAGUCCCUAGAUUUUGGUAAUCACCACCCUUUCUCAUACCCAACUAAGACUGUCUUGCCUACCUUUCUGCAUUUAGGCUAUGCUGCAAUUUGUACAUAACAUAAGUUGAUUGUAACUCUGCAACUCAUCAAAAGCCUUUUGAAAUAUGGUUGAGGCAGUUCUUAAACAAUACAAAAUAAACUCUUCAUCAAAUUUGCUUAAUUCGAAAGAACUGAGUACCUUUUCCAUUUUAAAAGAAAUAGGAAAAAUUAGGAGACUUUUAUACAGUGGUGAAAUCCAAAUUUUUUUACUACCGGUUCUGUGUGCAUGGCUUGGUGGGUGUGGUGUGGCUUGGUGGGCGUGGCAGGGGAAGGAUACUGCAAAAUCCCCAUUUCCUUCCCACUCCUGGGGGAAAGAUAUUGCAAAAUCUCCAUUCCUACUCCACUCUGAGGCCAGCCAGAGGUGGUAUUUGCGGUUCUCCAAACUACUCAAAAUUUCUGUUACAGGUUCUCCAAACUGCUCAAAAGUUCCGCUACCAGUUCUCCAGAACCUGUCAGAACCUGCUGGAUUUCAUCCCUGCUUUUAUAACAUGAAAAUGCAGUAUAGUAGGCAAUUGACCUAAAUCUCAAAUGCUCUGUCUCCUUCAAACUUUGUUUUCAUUGUCCAUAUACUGUACAUAACAACAAGCAAACAACUUUUUUUCCCUACGUAGUACUUUCUAGAUGCUUUGGGACUGUUACUAGAACUCAUAGCAAGUACAUCCUUUGAAUUCCAAAAGUUGCUGAUUUUUUUUUUUAACAUAAAGGAAAUAAGUCUGAAAUGUUAUUUGUAAUCCAGAUACAGUUAAUUACAUUGAAAUUAAGAGUGGCAUUAGUUGUAGUUACAUUAAGUAGAGUUACAUAUUUCCGAGCCUCGAAUCCUAUUUUAACAUUCUGGGGUUUGAAUACAAUGCAAUUUACUUCUAAAUAGACAUUUAUAGGAUGUCACAGGGCCUUUGAAUCUAGUUUUCAAACAAAACAUGUGAGAGUCUAUCUGUAAAUGAAAAUGCAAAUAUAACUAUAUUUAAGUUGUAUGCUUAAACAUAUCUAAGAUCACAAUAGUCAUGCUUUAAUUUAGCCUAUAUUUUAGGCUAAAUUAAAUAUUCUAACCCUCUUUUCUUCUCCCAAAUAUUUUUUCCAUUGCCUUCCUUCAGUGCUCAUCCUGAAAUGUAUUGACUAUUUAAGUGUUAUUUGAAAAUAGAAUGUAGAACAAAAUGUGACCAGGCUCUGAAAGAAAUUGUCUUUUUUAUAGUAAUUAUCAUGGAUAUUUUUGUUUUAACUGGAAAUAAUUCAAGAACACCUAACAUGAAUAUUACUGCCUUAUUUACACUUGUCACUGGAAACAUUAGCUAGAUAUGGGAUAAUGAACAUAAAAAUAAGUAGCCCACUAGAGAAAGGAAUAUAUUUUGUCUUUUUAAUUCAAAUUUCCCUAAUCUGCUUUUGUCCAGAUAUGUUGGAACUAGAAUUCCUUGCCAGGUGUUAUCCAAAUGCUGGUGCUAGAGAAUGAAUCAAUUAUUUAGUAGAUUAGUAUAGAUAGUCUUAAUGUUUACAUUUUUGUAUUAAACAAGCAAACAUGAUUGUUAAUAUGAUAUAAAGGAAGAAUGUAUAUUGGAAUUGUCUCUAGUGUAAACUAUACAUAUGUAUAGAUCAUUUUCAUAAUUUAAAAAGGCAGCAUAAGUAUAUUUUAAUUGUUACUUAGUAUCUGAUUUCCAAAAUGCCAUUUUGAUUGUUUUGGGUUUGAUGUACUUAAUUGAAAAGCUGUAAUGGGCAGAAAUGAUUUGCCUUAAGUUUGUCUCUGAAUGUUCGGCAACAGUAAGUUUUCAGUUGAAAUAUUCCUUUGCAUAGAUACAGUAAUUAAAUAAUAGUAGAGAUGAAACAGCAUAAUUAAUGUUAAUGUAAGAAAAAAAUCAAAAUACACAGGAAUGGCCCAU